CUUAAAUUGUGCCGAACAUAUUUCCGUUUGGUGGACCGCAGCGUGAUCUUGACAGCAGGAGUGCUAGGAUAGAAGGAAGAGGCAAAAUGUUGACACCUAUACGGAAUCCCAAUAGCGUCACAGAGAGGAUGAGGGCGCAGGGCUUCCUAAGCCCAAGCGUUUCUCAGGCGCAGCUCAGCGGCGAAUUGCUGCGCGAAAAUCAAGAUCUUAAAGCUCAGGUCCUUGACCUCAGUCAUCGUGUGACUGAGUAUGAUCUAUUUCGAAAGCGCGUUGCCGAAGAGGCGGAGGUUGCUGACGCACACGCGACCAGGGUGAUGGCGGAGAAGGAACGGGAGCUGCGGGAGGCCAUGGUCCAAUCAUUCGAACAUAAGUACGAAAGGGAGCGGCUUGAGAAGCUCAACUCCGUCCUAGCCGAGGAGAAGAAGACGGCGGAGGACCGCAUCGCCGAGCUCAGCCGCGCGCUGGAGGAGGCCAGGAAUGAGGAGCAGCGGCGGCUAGCGCACGCAGCAUCCCUUGAUACGGAGCUCAGCGAGAUGAAGGAGGCGCUGGAACGGGCCAUGCAUGAUGUGCAGGUGCAGCGGCACGACCUGGCAGCCAAGGAGCUCUCCGUGUCUGAGGAGCUGGAGCGCAUCAAGACGCUGAAGUGCGAGCUGUUGGACCGGGAGGCUCAGCUCAACGCGGCUGCGCAGCACUCGGCGGCCCAGACGGCGGAGCUUGAUGAGCGUAGCGCGGCGCUUGCGGCACGCGAUGCAGAGGCGCUUGUGCGGGAGGAGGCCUUGGCGGCGCGCGAAGCAGCCGUAGCGGCUCGUGAGGCGGCUAUUGAGGAGAGGGAGACAGCGCUGGCCGAGGGUCAGGCAGCCCUAGAGGCCGCACAGAAGGAGCACGCUGCGGCUGCGCGCAAGCUCAAGUCGGAGCAGGAGGACGCCGCCCUGAUAACCAAGGCCAACAAGCAGCAGACCACCCUUCUGGAGGAGCGCUUCAUGGACUACAACAAGGUGCUCGCGGAACAGCGGGCGGAGGCCGAGCGGCUGAUCAAGGAGGCGGAGCAGCUGGCGGCGCAACGAGAGCAGCUGGCGACCUCAGAGAGGAAGCUGGAAGUCCGGGGCGACGAGUUGGCACGCCGGGAAAUUGACAUGGAUGCGGCGGCGGCGCGGCUAGCGGAGGUGGAGGCCAGGGUGUUGUCUGAGCAGGCGUCUUUCGCUGCUUCUCGGGAGGCCUUUGAUAGCGAAGCCGGCGCCGUCCGUGCUGAGGCCAGCCGGCUCGAGGCAGCGCAACGUGAGCUGGACCAGCAGCGGAGCGCCCUCGUGGCGGAGCGCAAUGAGCUUGAGGCCUUGAGGGCCCGGGUGCAGGAGGAGCAGCUGCAGCUCAAGGGCCAGAAGGAGGCGGCCAGCUCCGUGCUUGCACAGUCUACCUCGAUUAGCCUUAUGCUUGACGAUCGGGAGGCCAAGGUGGCCAAGGCGCAAGAGGAGGUGGAGGCAGCGAAGGCGGCGGCCGCAGCCGCUGCCCAGGAGGCGGAUGAAGUCAAGAAGGCAGCACAGAAGCACGAAGCGCAGCUUGCCGAGGCGGAGGCUGCCUUGCAAGCCAAGCAGCAGGCGCUUGAGGCGCGAUUGGAGGAGGUUGCGUCGAUGGAGAAGACGUGCGUCACUCGCAAGCACGAGCUAGACGAGCGGGAAGCGGCUCUUAGUGAGCGACAGCAGAAGCUCUCGGAGGAUUCGGAGGCCCUGGAGAGCCGUGCUGCUGCUGUUGCGCGCGAGAAGGAGGACUUGGCGCUUCGCAGCACGCGCAUCAAGCCUAAGGACACCGAGAUCCAAGCGCGUCUAGUUACGCUACAAACGCGGGAGGCGGACGCGGACAGCAAGACCAAGGAGGCGGCGAAGAAGUUGAAGGUUGUGGAGGCCAAGGAGGAGGCGCUUCACAAGCGUGAGGAGAUGCUUCGCAAGCGUGAGGAGGCAGCAAAGGCAGCCGAGGCGCGGGUCGAGGAGCGUGAGAAGGCAGUGAAGGAGACCGACGCUGCCAGCGGCAAGGGCGUCCUCAAACGCGAGUCCGAGCUGAAGGAACGCGAAGUGGCCGUCACCAAGCAGACCGAGGAGUUGGAGGCCAAGGCGUCGACGCUGCAGUCGCAACUGGAGGAGCUGCAGCAGCGGGAGACCAAGGUGUCGGAGGCGGAGCGGGCCGCGGCGGAGGCACGGGAGGCAGCUGAGAAGGAGGCAGCCGCCAAGGAGGCGCUCGCGGCCGAAGCUGCCAAGCGGGUGGAGGAGCUCGAGGCCCUUCAUGGCAAGGCGCAAGCUGAGCUGCAGGCUUGCCAGGAGCGGGUAGCAUCCAUCACAGCGGAGCUGUCGCGUAUGGAGGAGCAGGCGGCGGCGGCCAAGGCGCAGCUCACUGAGAUUGAGCAGCAGGUGGCGCAGCGGCAGGCGGACCGGGAGAGCCUGGACGCUACCCUGCAGGACGUCCGCAAGCAGCUGCAGCAAGAGCAGGAGCUGCUGCAGGAGGCGCGCCAGAAGGCCCAAGCAGCUGCCAAUGGAGCUCACGAUGUGGGCAGCGCCAGUCCCGCGGAGCUUGAUGCCCUUCGGCGGCACGUUGCCCAUUUGGAGGGCGAGCACAACUCCAGUGCGGAGCGCAUGCGCUUGUUGGAGAAGCGCUUGGCGGAGGCGCAGGCUGCAGCGGAGAAGGCCGCGGGGUCGAGGCGUGAGGAAGCUGCGCCAGUUGCCGAUGGGCAUGCUUCACAACAGGAGGCGCCGGCGGCCUCACCAGCGCAGGAGGCGUCACAGCCGGCACAAGAAGCUCCUGCGCAGGCAGCAGAAGAACCGGCCUCGGGCGGCGCUGACGCGGACGCCAUCAGCAACGAGGUUGUCGAGGAGUCCCGGGGCACCCCUGUCAGGAGCGGCAGGCAGACUAGCGGGCGGCGUACUGUGGCCACAGCUGCGGCGGCCGCCAGGAGCGCCCCAGUCGCCAGGGCCGCCAGUGUCAGGGGUCGUGGACGAGGCCGCGGAGCUAGCCGUGGUGACACUCCAGUGGCUGGAGCCCGCGACGCCUCUGCAGCGGGUCGCACGACCGCAGCGGAUGCGGCGUCCCUGGAGCCUAUCAAGGAGACUGCGGAGGAGCACCAUGGCCUGCCACCGGCCACUGCAGAGACCCCGGCCGUGCCGCAGACCACAGGGCGUGCGACCCGCAGCCGCAACAGCAAGGACUCACGGGCCGAGCAGGCUGCUGGCACGACUGCUGAAGCCUCAAGCCGACCUGCUCGCGCGACGAGGUCUUCCAGCCGAGCAGCUGGGGCGCAGGGUGUGGCGGCGGCUGCAGCGGUCCCGCUGCCCUCGGACAGCGAGCCCCGCGCGACACGUGGGCGUGCCUCAGCAGCUCGCACCACUCGCAGUACCGCGGCGACGGCAGAUGCCGAGGUGGACCAAAAGACGGCGAAGGAGAGUGCAAAGCGCCGGCGUGACGCGGAGGACGAGGCCAACAAGGCUAAGCGGCGCAAGUCGGGCAGCAGCAAGCAUCUGGGCAUGCUUGAUGACUAGUGCGGCUUGGAAUGGCGAGAAGUUCCUCACAAGGCUAAGCGGCCCCUGCAUAUACUACAACUAAAGACAUAUAUGAUAAUCGACUGGUUGACAAGCAGGACUACCAUACAUGACAUCGAGCGCUCGCUAGGCAGGGGCCAUAGCCUGUAGCAUCUUGUUACGUGGAGCAGGCAAGGCUAGUACGGAUUGCGGCCCAUGUUAGUGGGUUUCUGUAGCGCUUUACGUGCAACGCAACGGUUUACAAUGUCACGUGUCUCUAUGCUAUUUGUCCUGGUUACUGUGUAGGUAAAACAAAACAUGCUACAGACUGUGAUGCGCGUAGAUACAUGUCCUUUUAUUACACAAACGCCGCGUGGAACUUGGACGUUGACCCUUAAGGGCACUUGAGAGCGUAGGCUGUGGUACUGGGUUACGGGAAGCAGGGGUGCGCAGUUUGGAGAGGGGCUAGCGAUGAAGGCUAGCGUAGACGUCACUGACUGGACAUAUGGCCCCAGGACUGCAGCGGG